AUGAGGCAACUGGCAACCGGACCAACCCCAAAUUGGGGCAACUGCAACCGAAAAAAAGACCGGACCACGGUCUGGUUCAGUUUGGUCCACCUGUUUUUUGUGGUCCUAUGGACUGAACCUUUAAACACUAUGGGUGCUGAGUGUUUUUUGUGGGCGCUAGGUUGUUGUUCCGUGGGCAGUGGGUGUUGUUUCUCGUGGGUGGUGGGCGGUGUUUUUCAUGGGUGGUGGGUUUUUUUCAUGUGUGCUGGGUUGUUGUUCAUGGGCGUGUGUUGGAUUGUGGUGGGUGCUGGUCACUGUUGGUUGACGGUGGCAGUUGUGGAUGGUGGUGGCGCUUGCGGAUGGUGGUGCCACAUCAUUGUCAUUGUCCUUUUGAUUGCCACGUCACUGGCAGCGACGUGGCACCUGGAUUACGACAAGUUGCCACGUCGCCUGGACCUUGCCCACACUCAGUUUGUUGGUGACCCAGUUGUGGUUGCUGGUCAGCACCAGAGUGUGGCGUGGUCGUGCCCCGUGGGUGUGACAAACAUGGUUGGUGGCGAUGCUAUGGGGGAGGACACGGACCACAUCCAACUAAGUUUCUACAUGUUACAAAUCCGAUGCAAGGGUGCAGUGAACCACAUACACCAAGACCUCAAUUCCAUACAGGCUAUCUUCGGACAAUUCAAUAAUGCACUGACUAACCGUUCUUACAACUCAACUCUCUCGGAUAUAUGGUCGAACUAUGGCCAACUACCUCCACAUUUAGAAGUAGCCAGGCAUAUGCUGAGGGAAGAUUAUCAGAGGGAGAUGCCUGAGCAUUUACAAAGCUACAAGGACAAGCUAGUAGAAGAAUGGGUCAAAUCAGGGAGAGAGAUAAAUGCUUGUCCUUACGAGAGGAAACCAGCUCAUUACCCACAGUUAAAAUACAAUGAGCAGUUUGAUUCGCCACGAGCAUGGAGUCGUAUGCAAGGCUCCUUGCCAAUAAUGGCACCUAGCCAACCUUUGGUCUUUGGUAGUGUGUUCUCCAGAGAUCAGAGAUGUGCUCCUCCACCUACUUCCAUUUCCAUGGCUGUAAGCCGUAAUCACCCUCUUAGUCACUUUGCAGGUCUCAAUUCUAACAUGGGAGAUGAGGAAGGGAGAGAGGGUGAGGACUCAGACCCCCAUAAUCCAUGGAUCACCGUUCAAUCAGGUCACUCUCAUAGCACUCAUUCGAGGCCUACCCAUGUCAAUAAGAAUACUUGUUUCGCCAGUCCUCAUGAAGAUCAUCCAUCAACUCUGGCGAUUCGUAUGAUGGAUAGUUUCAGCUACAUGAGACAAGGAAGGAGUGGGAGAAGCUUGAAUGGAGGUGGUCCUCCCGACAGAGAUAGUCCCCCAGGUGAAGGAUUGCUGUCAGGACCCAGGUAUCCUGCUCAGCAAAACAAUGAAGGUCUACCUCCUUUCCAAGGCCAUGCACAAAACUCAGGGCAAGGACCUCCCAGAGGUGAACCCCCUGGCGGUGAUCCCAGUUACAGUAUCAACCCUGAGGAGAAAGGCCCAGAGGAUAAAAAGAACAAAGGGGAAUGGCAAUUGAAUAACAAAAUCAGCAUGGGAAUGAUCCUGCAGUGGGACGGAAACCCGACUACAAUGAUCGACUACAUUAUGGAAAUUGCUUUACUAGCUCAACUUUCAAAAAGACUCUUCAAGGAAAUAGGGCAGAUAGCACCCAUUAGAUGGACAGGUUCUGUGAAAGGAUGGUGGAUGACCCUGCCUAGGGCAGAUCAAGCCUACUUUUCACAGGACUGGGAAUGCCUUAUGACAGGAAUGCAUGAUCAUUUCAUGAAUGAUGAAUGGCUUAACAAUAGGGGAAUCAAAUUUAAUGCCAUGUGA